AUGAAGCGCGAUGGCAAGGAAAGCACGAAAAAAAAGCCUGACUACCUCCAAAAACGCCAAAUGGGGACACAGGGAAACCACGAAAAAUCGCUAAAUCAAGGGAAAAAACAAAAAGGCGGAAACAAAAACGAAGAAGAAAAGGAAAAAUUUACGGAUAAUCAACCAACCCCUUCUGAUGAAUUGUCCACUUGCCGAGGGAACACAAAUAAUGCCGAAUCGAAAAUGAAUUUAAAAAACCUCCUGGGGUCCUACUACUCCAGUGAUGAAGAAAGCGAAGGGGGGUCCCAACAGACAGAGGACGUUACCCACGAAAAUGCCACUGGCCAAAGGGACAAUCAUCAGGAGGACAGUCAAAGUGAUAGUGACACGGAGGAGGAGGAUGACACUGAUAAUGAUUGUGAUGAUGGUCAUGAUGAGCAAAGUGAAGUGUCGAAGGGAAAAAAGCAAAAAGAACAGAGUGAAGACAACCACGGGAAGACGCCAAAGGAAAAGAACGUCCGACCCGUUCAAAGUUAUCCCAAGCGAAAACAAUCCAAAAUGAACUACGAAGAAGAAGAACAACAACCAGCCAACCAACACCAGAAUGAAAAAAAAAAAAGACGCACGUCCCCCCCACAACAGAAUAAGUGCCAAAAAACAAGUCACAAAGAAAGUGAAAAUAAAUCUUCACACAUUCAUGAAAAAAUUAACAACAAGAUAAGAAAUUCGCACAGUUCAUUCCAUAGUGAAUAUAAUGCAGACCCCACCUGGGGAACCAACCCUACGCAAGCACAUUUUCAGCAUCCCCCGUGGGACAAUAAAAGCUUUUUUCAAAAUGUGAAUCCCGGUGCAGGUGGGCACUACCCAUAUGAUGUGAGUGGCCAAUAUAUGUACAACUUUGGCGCACCUACCCAUCCCAAGGGAAACCUAAACAACAUGUCCCUCACCAACUUUGGCUUUUCCACAAAAAAAGAAAUCAACGUAGAUCUGCAAAACAUUCCUGUCAUAGACCAGAGACAAAUUCUCAGUGAUUGGAAACCCACCAUCCCAGAAGAAAAAAAAAAAACGCAAAAAUAUAAUAUAAAAACAAAGGUGUAUAAUCCGGCCAGCAACACCUUCGAUAAGGUAAUCAUUCACGGAAAUAAACAAAAGCGCAAACAUCAGAUUAACUGGUUAGCAAAAGAAGCUGUGGAAAAGGAAUAUGAAAUUUUGCAAAACACUAAUUACAGUAAAAGAAGGACCACGAAUGAUAAAUAUGGGUGGUAA